GCCGGGAAGCGAAAGUGCCGGGAAGGGGAAGUUGGGAGCGCGGCACGGCCAUGGCCACGGCCCCGUCGGACCCCGUUGCCAGCCCCAGCCCCAGCCCCGUAUCGCCGCUGGACCCGCACGCCGUGCCCAUGGUGGCGCUGAACUACGGCGUGCGCCGCCGCCUCGGCCUCUACCUCAACCCGCGGGCGGCCGCGGCCGCGGACUGGACGGCGCUGGCGGAGGCGCUGGGCUGCAGCUUCCUGGAGAUCCGGCGGCUCGAGGGGCUGCCCGACCCCACGGGCACGCUGCUGGAGGAAUGGCCGGGACGCUGCCCCGGCGGGGCCACCGUGGGGCGGCUCCUCGACGUGCUGCGCCGCUUGGGUCGCGACGAUGUGCUGACGGACCUGGCCGGCAGCGUGGAGGAGGACUGUAAGAAGUACUUGCAGAGGAAGCAGGAAGAGGCCAACCAGCCCCUCCAAGUGCCAGCAGUGGACAGCAGCGUGCCGAAGACGUCGGAGCUGAUGGGCAUCACCACCAGGGAUGAUCCAUAUGGGAGUGGAACAGAGAUAUUUGAUGCCUUCAUCUGCUACUGUCAGAAAGACCUCCAGUUUGUCCAGGAGAUGAUCAGGGAGCUGGAGCAAACAGAGUUCAAACUGAAGCUCUGUGUAUUUGAUCGGGAUGUCUUGCCAGGAGCCUGUGUGUGGUCCAUCAGUGGAGAACUUAUAGAGAGGAGGUGUCGGAGGAUGGUGGUUGUUGUUUCAGAUGACUACCUGGAAAGCGACGAAUGCGAUUUCCAGACCAAAUUUGCUCUUAGCCUUUCCCCAGGUGCUCGUCACAAACGGCUGAUUCCAGUCAAGUACAAAUCCAUGAAGAACGAGUUUCCGAGUAUCUUACGGUUCAUUACCAUUUGUGACUACACCAAUCCUUGCACCAAAAAAUGGUUCUGGAUGAGACUGGCAAAAUCCCUCAUGCUGCCCUGAUGCAAAGUCCUGAGAGCUGGGUGCUCUUGUAACCUGUCCUGGCUGUGCCUUCAGACCAGGGGUGUCCUUGACACGGGGUCUUCCACCACUUCAGAACCUGGAUCCUUGCUUGGAACCUGUGAUUUGGAACAAAGAACUCUCUCCAGCACUUCUUCACAACUCUGAGGGGAAAUAAAGCAACUGUGUGGGUGUUCCAGGUUAAGUCAGUGAGCAGCAGCAUCCAGCAUUUGUGGAGUAAGCACUUUCACUAAAAAUACUGAAAGUACACAUCUAAAGAGUGUCUGAUACAGGAAGACUCUGUUGUAAGAAUUAGCAAGACCUCAGAGCCUCAAACUGCAGGUUUUGUCAAUGUUUUAAAGCUACAGUAAUAUUGAGGCUUGAGGGAGUUUUACCAUAUUGGACAGGUCUGUCUCUAUGCAGGUCACAUUUGAUUCAGGGGCCUUAUACCAGCAUUUAAUAUUCCCAGAUAUUACUAAAUUUUUACUUCUUCUUCAAGAGAAACUCAGUCUUAAAAUACAUCUUUUCAGUGACAGCCCUUACUACACAAAGCAGAAGCUGCUGUUGCUCAUUGACUUAACCAAGGUCUGCACCUCAGUGGAUCCAGAUCUCAAAUUCUUUCACCUUUAAAGGCCUUCAAAAACACAGCAGCUUUUGGGAUGCGCCAAAGGCACAGGGCUAAACACUGAAUAAGGAGUGUAUUAAAUUGACAUUUAGGCUGUUUAAAAUAUCAAAGUGAAUGUUACAUUAAUAGGAAAGAGCCUAAUUUAAUUAUCUGCCACAAUAAUUACUGUGUUUCUGUGACUAGGGCUCAGAGCAAUGUCAAGACUGCUCUGCUUGUUAGACUUGGCCUUGAAUCCUGCCCGUGGCUAGUGGAUCUCAUCAGUGCUCCAGGGUGGAGGUCAGGAGUUCUACCCAAAGGAGUGUUUAAAAAAAUCCAUUGGUGUAUUAAACAGAUUUACAGUAAAUAUUGACUUUUUAAAUUGGGGAAGAGAGGAAUCUUGCUUAUGUGCCUGCAGUUGCUUGAACUCUGCCCCUUUGUUCAUUACUUCAGCCACUGACUAAUGUUGAUUUUACAGCUUAAUGUUUUACUAGUUUACAUUUUUAAGGUUGCAUCUGGAUGUGAUUUUAUUUUUUUAAUUUUACCUUUGUUUUAAAGCUUUAGCAGGGCUGAGGCAGAAACGGGCUCCUGCUCCCUCCCUCACACUCCGUGUCAGUGAAUGAUCCCUUAGCAGGGAUGCUGCCAAAUCCUGUCCAGGUGCUGCUGCUGGUUCCCCCUGGCUGACAGCAGCAGCCCUUGAGCUGAGCAUGGUGAAGCUCAUUCCUGCACAUCAUGUUGGCAGCAGGAGCCAUUUCUGGAUAGACCCAGGAGCUGGGUGUUUCUUCUGCAAAAAUAACUGCUGCCACCAUGCCAAGGUGACAUUUGCACCUUCCUGUCUUGCUAGGACAAGUGAGAAGUCUGUGGACACUGAAGGAGGAAAGUUAAGCUGAUGAGGGGUUUCUGAGUAGUUCGUGUUUGGUCCUGUUGCUCUGGGGCCUCUCCUGCAGAAGUGGAGACAGCUGCUUGCCUCGGGCUUUCUGCAUAAUCGUUAAAUGUUAAUUACAGAAGAGCUUCAGGAGGCUGCUUGAUCCCCAGGCGCUCCGGAGGGGCUCGGUGAAUUCUCAUACUCUGGAGAGCCUAUAAACCUCAAUUACUCGCAGGAGAUUCCUCCUGUCUGGAGAGCUGGAAGGGCUCUGGUGGCUCGUUCAGGGGGAGCUGAGGCAGAGGAGCCCGGGCUGUGGACGCUAGAGGGAGGCCAUGGCCCACGCUGCAUCUGCGAGGGAAUGCGGGAUGGGGAGACACGGCCGGGAUGGGCCAGCAGGGCACUGCCAUGGAAAAAACAAAGUGGGUUAUCCUCCUCUUCCCCUUGCUGCCUCUUCUGAGCAAGGUAUACCAAAACCAGCGAGAAUUUUGGCAGCUUGAACCUCGUGCAGUGUCUUCGGAGUCCUCAUGGUUUGGGACUUUUUUAUAUGAGGGGAAAAUAACAGCAGGAAAAAUGAUGAUGUUUGUAAUAGAUGGUUUGGGAAAGUGCUGAUUCUGGAAGGGAAAGCAAACAGAGGAGCUGAAUUUCUAAAUUAUUUGAGUUCAAAUAGAUAAAUAAUAUUUACUGCCAUAUUAUUGCCCUAUUUAAUUGCCAUAUUCCAGUUAGUGGUGAAAGAUGUUGGGAUCUUGUUACCACCCUGCUUGUGGUGCCCUGGCCCUUCUCUCUGCUUGGCUUGGAUGCUGGGAAGGUCUCACUGUUAUGGAGCUGUUGCUUUAUUACAAGUUACUAUUUAUGUUGUAGGCUAAAGUAAUUAUUUUGGGGUAAAGUGAGGUAACAGCCCUAAAACAUAAAAUAGGCUUUAAAUAUGUAUCCUUUUCUAUGUAAACCCCAGAGUUGAUGCACUUCUGACACUUUCAUAUCUGCCUUGUCACAGUAACUUGAAGUGUGACAUUGUGAAUGAUAUAAAAUGUAGUUGUUGUGAACUGUUUUGCCCAUUUCAGUGGCAUUUGGGGUGCUCCUCCCCUCUUUCAUGUUCAGUGGAAGGUCAACAUUUUUGAACACCUUUAAAAAAGGGAUUUUUAAAAUUGUGAUGUUACAGGGUUUCUUUUAUUUUGUCUCUGUCCCUCACUGAAAUUGUCUUAGUUGAACCUUUUAGAACCAAAUCAUUUAUUUUUAUAUACAGACAUAUAUAUUUAUAAUCAUUUUAUGUCCUGAUACAAAGGGGGAAAACAUCUGUCUUUAUAGGCAUUCUGAAAAUAGACAAUAUUUCUGUUUUUCUCCUCAAAAAUCCAAACUUUUGCUACUUGUGAAAACAUUUUAAAAUAAAGAAUGAAAACCCA